UAAAGCGGUGACGGCGGCCGCGAGAGUGGAGGCUUCCCCGACAGAGGUGGGGGACUCGGCAGGGGGCUCAUUUACUACUUCACAGUUGAACAAAUGUAUGAAAGUUCCUUGCCAACCAUUGAGAAUUUCUUCGUUGGGACAUUUUUUUUCUGCUUACUGAAUAAGUUGUUUAGAAGUUCCUUUUUUGGUGCCAUGUUCUGUGGCUCGCAUCAAAAGAGGAGUUUGUCUUCAUGAAGAUUCCUAACAUUGGUAAUGUGAUGAAUAAAUUUGAGAUCCUUGGGGUUGUUGGUGAAGGAGCCUAUGGAGUUGUACUUAAAUGCAGACACAAGGAAACACAUGAAAUUGUGGCAAUCAAGAAAUUCAAGGACAGUGAAGAAAAUGAGGAAGUCAAGGAGACGACUUUACGAGAGCUUAAAAUGCUUCGCACACUCAAGCAGGAAAACAUUGUGGAGCUGAAGGAAGCUUUUCGUCGGAGAGGGAAAUUAUACCUGGUGUUUGAAUAUGUUGAGAAGAAUAUGCUUGAAUUGCUGGAAGAAAUGCCAAAUGGAGUUCCACCUGAAAAAGUUAAAAGCUAUAUCUACCAACUAAUCAAAGCUAUCCACUGGUGCCACAAGAAUGACAUUGUCCACAGAGAUAUAAAGCCUGAAAAUCUCUUAAUCAGCCACAAUGAUGUCCUGAAACUAUGUGACUUUGGUUUUGCUCGGAAUCUCUCAGAGGGUAAUAAUGCAAAUUACACAGAGUAUGUGGCUACAAGGUGGUACCGAUCCCCAGAACUGCUACUCGGAGCCCCCUAUGGAAAGUCAGUGGAUAUGUGGUCAGUGGGCUGUAUUCUUGGAGAGCUUAGUGAUGGACAGCCCUUAUUUCCUGGAGAAAGUGAAAUUGACCAACUCUUUACUAUUCAGAAGGUGCUAGGACCACUACCAUCUGAGCAGAUGAAGCUCUUCUAUAGUAAUCCUCGUUUCCAUGGGCUCCGGUUUCCAGCUGUUAACCACCCUCAGUCAUUAGAGAGAAGAUACCUUGGAAUUUUAAAUAGUGUUUUACUUGACCUAAUGAAGAAUUUACUGAAGUUGGACCCAGCUGACAGAUACUUGACAGAGCAGUGCUUGAACCAUCCUACAUUUCAAACCCAGAGACUUUUGGACCGGUCUCCUUCAAGGUCAACAAAGAGGAAACCUUACCAUGUGGAAAGCAGCACACUGUCUAAUCGAAACCAAUCCACCAAGGGUGCUGCUUUACAGACUCACCACAGAUCCAACAGCAAGGACAUUCAGAACUUAAGUGUGGGUCUGCCCAGGGCUGAGGAAGGUCUGCCUGCAAAUGAAAGCUUCCUAAAUGGAAACCUUGCUGGAGCGACUCUCAGUCCAAUGCACAGCAAAACCUACCAAGCGAGCACCCAGCCUGGGUCUUCCAGCAAAGAUCUCACAAACAACAACAUACCACACCUUCUCAGUCCAAAAGAAGCCAAGUCCAAAACAGAGUUUGACUUCAGUAUUGACCCAAAGCCGUCAGAAGGUCCUGGCACAAAGUACCUCAAGUCCAGCACCAGAUCUCAGCAGAACAGGCACUCGUUCAUGGAAAGCUCCCAGAGCAAAGCUGGGACACUGCAGCCUAGUGAGAAGCAGAGUCGGCACAGCUAUAUUGACACCAUCCCCCAGUCCUCCAGGAGUCCAUCCUACAGGACAAAGGCCAAAAGCCACGGGGCGUUGAGUGACUCCAAGUCUGUGAGCAACCUUUCAGAAGCCAGAGCCCAGAUCACAGAGACUAAUACCAGUAGAUACUUCCCAUCCAGUUGUUUGGACUUGAACUCUCCCACCAGCCCAACCCCCACCAGGCACACUGAUACGAGAACUUUGCUCAGCCCUUCCGGUAGAAAUAAUCGAAAUGAGGGUACUCUGGACUCACGGCGAACCACCACCAGACACUCAAAAACCAUGGAGGAGUUGAAGCUGCCCGAGCACAUGGAUAGCAGCCAUUCGCAUUCGCUGUCUGCACCUCAUGAGUCAUUUUCUUAUGGGCUAGGCUACACCAGCCCCUUCUCCUCUCAACAGCGUCCUCACAGGCAUUCCAUGUAUGUGACCCGGGACAAAGUGAGAGCUAAAGGCCUUGACGGAAGCUUGAGCAUAGGACAAGGGAUGGCAGCCAGAGCCAACAGCUUGCAGCUCUUAUCACCCCAGCCUGGAGAACAACUCCCUCCAGAGAUGACUGUGGCAAGGCCUUCUGUUAAAGAAUCCUCCCGAGAAGGCACCUCUUCAUUCCACACCCGUCAGAAGUCUGAGGGUGGAGUAUACCAUGACCCACACUCUGAUGAUGGCACAGCUCCCAAAGAAAAUCGGCAUCUGUACAAUGAUCCUGUCCCAAGGAGAGUUGGUAGCUUUUAUAGAGUGCCAUCUCCACGACCAGACAAUUCUUUCCAUGAAAAUAACGUGUCCACUAGAGUUUCUUCUCUGCCAUCUGAUAGCAGUUCUGGCACGAAUCAUUCAAAAAGACAACCAGGAUUUGAUCCAUGGAAAAGUCCUGAAAACAUUAGUCAUUCCGAUCAACUCAAAGAAAAGGAGAAGCAAGGUUUUUUCAGGUCAAUGAAAAAGAAAAAGAAGAAAACUCAAACAGUGCCCAACACUGAUGGUCCAGAUCUAUUGACCUUACAGAAAGCCAUUCAUUCUUCUAGCACUGCAAGCAGCAGACCAAAGGAGUGGCGACCUGAGAAGCUCUCAGAUCUACAGACCCAGAGCCAGCCACUAAAAUCCCUUCGAAAACUGUUGCAUCUGUCUUCAUCAACUAAUCACCCGGCUUCUUCAGAUCCUCGGUUCCAGCCCUUAACAGCUCAACAAGCCAAAAAUUCCUUCUCAGAAAUUCGGAUUCAUCCUCUGAGUCAGGCCUCUGGUGGGAGCAGCAACAUCCGGCAGGAGCCUACACCAAAAGGCAGACCAGCCCUUCAGCUGCCAGGUCAGAUGGAUCCUGGUUGGCACGUGUCCUCUGUGACCAGGAGUGCCACAGAGGGGCCUUCCUAUUCUGAACAGCUGGGUGCCAAGAGUGGGCCAAACGGGCACCCUUAUAACAGAACAAAUCGCUCACGAAUGCCAAAUCUGAAUGAUUUAAAAGAGACAGCCUUGUAAUUUAUGCUGGGAUAGAGGGUGUGUAUGUGGGGGGAGGGGAAACAAGCCAGUUGGGAGGGGAGGGUUCAGGGUGGGCUGGGAAAUGGGUUGGGCCAGGGUAAUAAGCCAGUAUUUUCAGCUUUAUGAAGGUGUGUGCAAUAUUGUGUGUGAGGGGGGCCAUCUGGCUUCUCACAGCCACAAAUGCUAGUCAGGGAUCUUAGAGCCACGGGAGUUCCUUAGGGACCACCACUCCCCACAGGUCUUGUGUGAGAAUGGAUAGAGUGUGCCAUUGAGGUAGAAGAAAUUCUUGCCAGUUUCUCCCCAUUACAUUCCAGCUUUAGUGCAAUCUCUGUUGAACUUGGGGAAGCCAGGGUGUGUCCUGGAUGCGAGGGAUAGAAAAGUUCAUGUUGACCGAUGCCCUUACCACAUGUUUUUUUCUGACUAGACUAAAUGUGGGGUUUAUUGUAAUCUAGGAGUAUCCCUUUGGAGGGUUAGCAGAUGAACUGUAUGUCUUAAAUUGUUUUCUAAGCUUCCAUAUUUGAUAGGAUUUGUAACAUUUAUUUAUAAUUAAUAUUGUACUGUUAUAAUCAUACCUUUUAUGUUAUAAUGUAAAGUUAUUUUGAGCUGUUUGGAACAUUGUGAAGCAGUGGGACAGCUACAGUAGUUUCUAUAAAAACUAAACAGUAACAUUUAUAUAUUGCAUCAGGAGUAUUUUAUUCUAUAUAAAUAUAAAUAUAUAUAUGGUAAAUAACUGUCUGUUUUAUAAAUACAUUCAUUUAAAGAAAGUAUCGUUAUGACACUAUCUGCCAUAUUUUUAUACAUUUGUGAUAUGAAGUGAGUAUUAUACUUAUAAUAAAGGGAGUUGAAUUGUGGCUACAUGUGAUUGUAACAGUAUAAACUUUGCUCAACUUUUUGGCCCCAGCAGUAGCCUCUAGACAUGAUCCUUGGUAGCAGACAAAUAUAGCAUCUCUUUCCAGGCCCACAGGAGAAGAAGGUUGGAUAAGCCAGUAAGGAGCCCAACAGGCUUCAUUUCUGUUCUCAGACACUUGGCUCUCAUUUGUGUCCAGGGACAUUAACUGGCACACGAGAGAAGGACAGACAAAAGUGGUGUGCAUGGGUCUUUACAGAGAAUGUGCUCUUCCACUUAGCAUUAGUGUUAGAGUGUAGACCAAAGAUUUGCCAGUGAACAUUCCUUGUGGUGAGGUUGUAAGAGGCACCUGUCUGCGGAUCUUGCAAACCAGCUCUAUGCUCCUGAAUGCUGUCCGCCCUCCUAGAGACUGUCUUCUAGGUGGGAUCUGAGCUCUGUGUAUGGCAUUUCUUCUUCUUAACUGCUUUGUUAUUGUUGUUGUUGUUGCUCUUCUAAUAUAUUUAUAAGGCUCCUGAAGCAAUUCCAGAUGUAGAGAAAAUUGCUAUGUCCUUUUUUCCUUCCUGGGACUGUCCAUUUAUAACAAGGUCAUCAUGUACACCUGUAUAUACAUACACUCCAUCCAUCAGAACAGGACUACAUCCUUCUCUCAUUCGAUCACUCUCAACUCCCAAGUUACUAUCAAGUAUCAUCAAGUAUUAUAAGGCCUCUGGCCAGCAAGCAUUAUACCCACCUGUCUCUGGACCAUCUUUGACAAAA